AUGGCUUGCGCAGCAGGUUCAAGCGAUGUCUGCUGGUUGUGUGAGGGCAGAGACAGCGCAGCCUGCGUGAUCUGCGGUCCACCGAUUGCGGCGAGUUCCUGUGGGCAAUCGAGCGCAUUGGUGAGCCAGGAUGGCUGGUGCUGCGACGACUCCCGAGACGAGAGGUUUGGCAACUGGACGCAUGCUUCUGUGGAGGAAGUCAACCUGAAACUUCUGGAGGACUCUGAGGCCCUUCUUUUGGCUGGCAAUGCAUCUGCCGCUUUGGAUAUGGCGGAGCAAUGCUGCAGAACCAUGGAGGAUCGGCUCAGCGGCGGCGGACGAAGGGCGUUGCGGUACCAGGAAGCCAAGCCUGGCGAAAUCGAGCUGCUUUGCCUUGCUUGGGUACAGCGAAUCAGGUCGAGCCUGUUGCAGCAGAACUACAAAGCCAUGGUGGAUGACACCAAGAAAUUUGCAAAGUUGUACGAAGAAAUUGGGGACGAGCCAGAGCUUCUCCACAAGUUUGAGAAACAGGUGACUGGAGCCUCUGUGGUGGACCAGAUAGAG